CUUAAGAAUGUCUACCAGUGUCAAUUAUGCUGUCUCAACAUUGAGUGCCCUCGUUCUCCCCUCAUGCACGAUAUGAACCUCAUUUUGGCUUUCAAAUCACGCUAUUUACUCCGGCAAUCAUUGGCGGUAGAUACACGCCAGAAAUUUUCUACGGUCAUCCCAUUAUAUCCGACUUCUAUGCCAGGUCAUGAUUAUCAUAUGGAGUAGUAUCGUCACUUUGUUGAGGAGGCCUAACUCUGAGUUGGGAAUUGCAAUUGGCUACAGUUUCUUUGAGUGUAGUCGAGUUGCUCUGCGGUUCGCACCAUGUGAAUCACCAGCAGUAGCUCGACUUCGAAACUUGAUUGUAUUUUUUCGCGUAACUAGCUGCUGCGUCAAAAGAUGUUGGCUAGUUUGAACUUCAGUGAGAACGGCACUCGUCCGUCUUGCAAGUCGUUGACUCGACUGGCGCCGCAGUGUCUUGUGGCCCUCCUCUGGUUUGGUGCAACUGUAUCUCAGGUUGAGACUUCUUCGCCAGGAGUCUCGUCACCAGCAUCAGCGACAUCGAAUUCGGCGUGGCUGAUGCCUCUGAGGAACUUCCGAUAUGAGGAGCUGCACGAAAAACGCAAAGACGUGGCUGAAAUCCUAGAAAGACAAGGGCUUCUGACAGUGACUGUUGCUGGCUUUGCCGACAUUAAGCAAAAAGCUUUUGCUGCGAUUCAGAAAUGUGCGCCCCACAGUACCACACGCAAAACCUCGAUGGGGACAAUUGAAGAUGGAGCAGCUGCCGUAGGUCACAAUCGCGAUGAAGCCGGGACGAGCUCUAUGUCUUCGAACACGAACAUUAAAAUUCAGAAAAAGAGUCUAGCUGGAGCCAUGCAAGCGGGUGCAGUCCUUGCGCCCUUUGAGGGCAUUCCACGAAGGCCAAAUGGAGAAGCAAAAGCUGCCUGUGCGGGUUUUCACGACGCUAUGCGACGGUUCCGAGAAGUAAUCCGAAUGGCCACUUUUAAACUUGUUGAAGUAUUGGAUGAGGUCGAUAACGAGCGCGAAGAUGAGUCAAGAGGCGGCCGCCAGCCGCAGAGAAGCGACGCGCAGCUGACCCAAUUGCUGCUUAGUGCAGAACAUUUGGAACACAUUCAUCGCGUCGAAGCCGUUUCGAUAGCAGAGGCAGCAACGAGUUCGUCAACUGAUGGUAAUGAGAGUCUCGCAAAGGCGAGUGGAAGUAGCGCUAGCGCUGCUGCUGUGCGAGGACCAGAGCAACAGGGUCAGGAUAGCCUCACACACGACGCAGGAGCUCAAUCGUCUGUGAUUUCGCGCACGUCACAAGACCAUCCGGGACAAGCCCUCGAAGGUAUGAAUACUGAUGUGCACCCGCUGCACGUCGACGCAGGCCUUCUUCUGGCUAUGACCAAUGUGCAUGAGUCUGACAGUCUAGAUACGAUCAUGGAGGUUGAGCUACCAGAUGGAAGUCGCCCGCGAAUUUUAGUGGAUAAUCUAGACCGUAUUCUUUUCAUGGGAGGUCGGGGCUUCAAUCACUGGCGGGUCGCGCGAAACGUACAGGUUCAUGCUGUCCCGCACCGUGUCUUCUUCGUGCAGCAAAAUAAGCCUGCAGAGAUUAGUACACCUGGAGGCUCUCUUCUCGCAUCUCGACAUUGGUACGGUAUGAUGCUUUUGCCGCCAGCAAAUUUCGAUAUUGGUAGGGAAGGACAUCGCGAAAGAGUACUGUUCGAAGAACUGGGUAAGAUGAUUAAGCGUGGCGACUUUGAGACAGCGCAAAGUCUCGCAUGUGGUCCUGCGCUAGCACUCGAGGAGUGGCAUAAAGAGCACCGAGCGAAGCAAGAGGAAAAUGAAAAAGCAGCCAGAGCCAGCCGUGCUCGUCUCGAGGCGCGCGAUGGCGAUGCGAAUGCAACCGCAGAAUGGCUCAACCAGCAGUUGUCAGAAAGCAAUGGGGCUUUUAGAAGCACAACAUUCCUAGGUGCUGGUCGUCGCCAAGAAAAUGGAGCCGGUAUGAUCACGGCCAGUACAGCUGAAGCACCAGUUCGAUCCUUGUCCGCCACUACUGCAGGGCCUAGAGCUUCCGUGGUAAACGCGGCACCGGCUGCGCCAGUAGUCAUAGGGACACGGAUGAACGCAGCUCCACCGGCUGUCGAAGAAUUCGACGAGAACGCUAGCAAUAUGUACAAUCCUGUCCCCGAAGACGUGGUCGACGAAGAAGAAGAGCAGGAACAGGCAGGAUUCCGCAGUGCCUGUUCCGGUUAUGGGGGUUACUGGUGCUGGCAUCGAUGCAUGUACGUAAAGCAGGCCCCUUUCGAUAGGCACAAGCAGCUGGAAGCACAGCGAUCAGAUAUCGGCAGCUCGUACUCUUACGUUGGUGACGACCCAAACAUUCCUAACGGCGAAACAAGCCUCGGCGAAUGCGCACCGAGGGACUUACAGUGCGUUUAUCAGACGGCGCCGUACCACCAAUGCCGUAAUGGUCAUAGUUGUGUGUUGCAAUGCCAGACGAACAAAAGGGACAAUCCGUUCACCCAGGCUCCUCGAGCAGGAGCGGCCGUUGACUGCCGAAUCACGUCAAGUCGACUUCAGGGUCCGAACCCCGAUGAAGCUGCGCAACAGGGCGACCCCGUGCCUGCGAAUCCUGGUGAGGGUCAGCAACCAGGUGCUGGAGAGGAGGUAGCAGCGGCACAACCAGGUAAAGAAUAUCCAGCUGCAUCUUCGAGUAAACAGAGUCCAUCAGGAGCACCAGCGGCGAACCAGCAAGGAAGUGCUACUGGGAAACGAACGCCCAGAGCGGUGCCUUUCUGCAGAGGCGCGACGGACAUGCACAUGAUGGGCUUCAAGUCGAUCUUUUCCUCCGAGGUCGCGGAGUGCAUGAUGCUUUUCCACCAGAGCCUUUUACUAGAUUCUUGGUGGAAGUUUCUUCUCGGAUUUCUCUUCAUCGUCUCUUUCGGAAUUGCAACCGAAUUCGUAGUCUCUGUCCGCAGAAACGCUGACCCUGAUCUGCGCACUUUCAAAGGAAAAGCGUAUAAGGUACGAGAUUCUAUUGAUACUGGGAGAUGACAAUAUUCUUUGCUUUGCUGGAUAAAGAUAAAAACAAGGUAAGUAAGUGGUUAGUACUUUGCGCCACUGUACUAUCAUGAUUCCGCCACUCGAACCACUGUCGGCUGUCCAACAUCUUACCUUCAAUCCACUUAUCUACGCAAAAAUUCAGGUCUCUCUUUUCGCCGGAAAUAUGUUUAUCGGCUAUUUGGUCAUGUUGAUUACAAUGACUUACAGCGUUGAGCUGUUCCUUGCUGUGAUCAUCGGCCUGGGCAUCGGGCAUUUUGCCUUCAACAGUCAAGCGCCUGUAGGUGAGAGUGUAACAGCAUGUUGCGCCGGACGCAACAAUCCCCAGACCUUGCGUCAAACUCUCUUUGCUUUGCAGGAACAGGAAAAUCGCAACACUUUAGAAGGAGCAGAGGACCAGGAGGUAUAAUGCAAAUAGAAAUAUUACCAUUUAUUUUUUUCGACUUGGAGAAAAACUUUAACUUUGUUUCUCUUUCAGUCCUCUUUAUAAGUGAAUGUUCCUUCGUCGUGUUUUUUUCUGGAUUCUUUAUUCCUAACUUGGGUGACUCGCGGUCAACAACAUGACGGUUUGUUGGCAAUGACCACACCCAGGACCACAAUUCUUUACGGCAGGCGUUUUUGUCGGCUGAUCACGCAGCUCCGAUCUUCGGUGCUUCCUCGUCAGCGGCUGCGAAUCGAAGCGCCGCAGCGACUAGCAGUAAGCGAGUGCCUGGCGACGAGGAACGCGUGGUCAUCGGUGUACGCGGCAUGACCUGUGGUAACUGCGAACGGACUGUACGGAAUGCUUUGGAGGCUUUGAACUGUGUGAGACAGGUUCACAGUGUCUCCUAUGCGACGCAGCGCGUGGACUGUACGAUCGGCCACAUUGAGGAUAAGGGAGUAGUAGCCGAAGAAAUCGAGUCACUUGGGUUUUUGGUCAAGGACAAGAGAUGA